AUGAAACUGCUUUCUUACCACGAAUCAAUGCCUUGGCUGGCCUUGGCCGUCAACUAUAAUAAAUUAAAUAGCAUCUUCAAAAAAGUUUACACUAUUUACUACCAACAUUCAGAAGCUAAUUUAAAAGACAUAACGUUGACGCUUCGACCUCGGCGACCGACCAGCCAGUUACAAUGCCAAGUUCAAAAAAAGUGGCCAAUUAUGUUCUCUGUGCUAGAAACAAAAUAUUUCGUAACUGAACUUGAACGAAACUUGCAUACAAAGAAGUCUCUGCAAUACCAAACAUUUAUAAAAGAUGUUCGGCCUUCAAUUUGCUCUGUAAAGAGUUUAAAAGGCAUUCAUUUUGACAGCCUAACAUUCUAA